ACCGUGCUUCACAUCAUGAUCCUGCCAUCAUGAUGUUCCUCAGCAGCAGGCCAUGGAAGGCUUUUAAAGGUAGAGGGUAAAUUAAAACAGCAAAGUGUUGAAAAAUCCUGGAGGACAACUUGAUGCAGUCUGAAGAGAACUGAGACUAGGAGAAGAUUUGUUUUCCAUCAAGAUGAUGAGUCGAAGCAAACAGCCAAAGAUACUCAGAAAUGGUUUAAAGACAACAAGGUGGAAGUUCUUGGAGGCCGAGUCAGAGUCCAGACCUUAAUUCAACUGAGAAUUAGGAAAGUUCUGUUCACUCAGGACUCCUCUGGAACCUGACAGAGAUUGAACAGUUUUAUUUAAAUAAAACAAGGAAAAAUUUCAGCAGACUGGUGCCAAAGGUGAUUCUACUAAAUACUGACUUGAAGGGAAUGAAUACUCAGGCAAAUCACUUGUUUUAUGUUUAAAAUCUUUUAUUUACUGACAUUACUUUGUAGAAAUCUGUUGUACAAUGUCUCCAGCAAGUCUCAGCUAGAAAACAACAACAGCAAAAAAUCAGGGUCUGAUUCAGAACAAACAGAUAAAUGAAAAACAAAAACACAGCUGCAAAGCCAAGCAUGUUUGGCUGAGUUUGGACUUGAGCCAGAAAAGGAGAGGAAUGAAAAACAGAUCAUGAGGCAGCAACAAACCAAACCAGUUCACCUGCACAAAGAGGCGUAGCAGCGUUCUCGGCUAAAUUCCUGAUGUGAGAAUUAAAGCACUGAAGUUCCGCAGAGACAAAAGACAAAACCACAGACAAGACAGACGUUUCAUGAAGGCUUUACUUGUAGAAAUUAAAGGCCUUUGAGAGAUUCAUCAUCCAAAAUCGAGAGUCAUAAUGUCGGCCGCCAGCUGUCUGCUGACUGAAGAGCAGCUUCUGUGCGGCAUCUGUCUGGAUGUCUUCUUCAAUCCCGUCACGUUGCCGUGCGAACACAACUUCUGCAAAAACUGCAUCAUGCAACACUGGGACACCAACAUCCAGUGCCAGUGUCCGUCCUGCAAAGAGCCGUUCUACCGGAGGCUGGACCUGCGAGUCAACACUUUCAUUUCUGAGAUGGCUGCUCAGUUCAGGAAGUCGGCAGGAAGACGAAGCCCCAACUAGCAAGUAGCCAAACCAGGGGAGGUUCCCUGCGACAUCUGCACCGAAAAUAAAAUGAAAGCUCUGAGGUCCUGCCUGGUGUGUCUGGCCUCCUGCUGCGAGACUCACCUGAAGCCUCACCUGACGGCGUCGCGCCUGAAGAGACACCGGCUGACGGAUCCAGUGGAGAACCUGGAAGGGAGGAUGUGCACGAUUCAUGACAAACCUUUGGAGCUCUUCUGCAAGACAGACCAGACCUGCGUUUGCAUGCUGUGUCUGGUUUUAGACCACAAGUCCCACAAAGUCAUUCUGCUGAAAGAGCAGUUAGAAGAGAGGAAGAAGUCGGAUCUCGGCAGGAGGGAAACCAAAAUCCACCCGAUGAUCCAGGAGACACGACUGAAGAUUGAGGAGCUGAAGCGCUUGGCAAAGCUCAGCAAGGAAGCAGCAGAGAGGGAGAUGGCGGAUGACGCUCAGGUCUUCACCGCCCUGAUUCAGUUCUUAGAGAGAGUUUAUUGAUGUUCUUGUGUAAAUAAUCCUAAAUGUUAUUGACCUUAUGACUAUCAGAAUGUGGAAGUACUACUUGUUCUUUCCGGACACACUGAUGACUUUCAGUAGGUGAAAGGAACUUACUGGAAGGAAUCUGAUGUUAAACCACAGCAGGAACCAGUUUUCAGACAGAACUGAGGUGUGGUUCAACACAGCACAACAGCAGAUUGUAUUCAGAGGAACUUUUUCAUGCUAAUACUGUGUUUUUGUCCCUUCGAUCAGAGAAUCUUGCAAUAAAACUUCCGACUCGACAUUCUGGGUGUUUACCACCUGAGGCACAGAAUUGUAAUUUGCCACCAACAAAUCCACAGAUUCCCUGUGAACCGACUUUCUUCAUUUAAUCCGUCUUUUUCUGAUAAUAAUAAUAUUUUGUGUGUCUUUUCCCCCUGUAGUGUUAAUAAAUACACCACGUUUAUUGUC